AUGGACCACUCUCCUUCAGCAAUUGAUCUCGAAAAGAAUGCGAAUGACACCUUGGUUGGAGCUCUACCACAAGAGAAGGAGAAAGAUGUCACUAUUACUUAUACUCCAGUUUCCGAUCCACUAGUAGAUGAGCUAUCUGAGUCGGAUUCCGAAGAUGAGUAUAAGUAUCCUGAAGGUGGAUUGCAAGCUUGGCUAGUUGUCCUUGGUUCGUGGUGUGGCAUGUUUUGCAGUUUCGGUAUUGCGAAUUCGACAGGUUCAUUUCAAGCCUACCUGGCUGCCAAUCAGUUAGCAUCAUAUUCCGACUCGCAGAUUGGGUGGAUAUUCUCCUUGUACUCGUUCAUUCUGUUUAUUGGUGGCAUUUAUAUUGGCCCUGCGUUUGAUGUCUAUGGACCAAGAUACUUGGUCUUACCAGGAAGCAUUUUACUCGUCCUUUCAGUCUUUUUAUUCGGAGAGUGUACUGAAUACUGGCAUUGGAUUGUUGUGUUCAGCGUACUUUGUGGCUUCGCCAGUUCACUCACCUUCACGCCUUCAGUUGCAGCAAUCGGUCAUUGGUUCCAUAAAAAGCGUGGAAAUGCCACAGGAAUUGCUGCUACUGGUGGUGCGUGUGGUGGUGUUGUCUUUCCCCUUCUCAUGGAAAACCUCAUCCCAAAAAUUGGUUUCUCAUGGACAAUGCGAGUAAUGGGAUUCAUCUUCGUCUUUGUCACCGUUAUGGCAAACCUCCUCAUCAAAACUCGUCUUCCCCGUACUCGAACCGCUCAAAGCCCUCACCCAGAUAUUAAAAUCUUCAAAAAGCCAGAGUUCGCUUUAACCGUCUUGGGUGUAUAUCUUCUCGAAUGGGCAUUUUUCCUUCCAGUCACCUACAUUACAUCUUACGCUCUCUAUGAAGGAUUCCCUACUGCAAUUUCUUAUCAAUCUCUCCCCAUUCUAUGUGGUGCAUCAGUUGUUGGCCGCUUCGUCCCAGGCUAUCUAGCUGAUAUCAUUGGUCGAUUCAACACUCUUCUCAUAGCACUCUGCCUUACCGUCUUCGCCUGUUUUGCCGUUUGGCUUCCAUUCGGAAACACUCUACCAGGUCUAAUUUGUUCCGCCAUAAUACUCGGUUUCGCAAGCGGUAGCAACGUUGGUCUAACACCUGUUUGCGUAGGCCAAUUAUGCGAUACUAAAGAUUAUGGUCGAUAUUACGCGACGUGUUAUUCAGUAGUUAGCAUUGGAUGUUUAACCGGUGUUCCGAUUGGUGGGGCUUUGAUUCAGGCUUGCAAUGGGUCUUAUUGGGGUGUAAUCAUGUUUACAGGCUUAUGUUAUGGUGCUAGUGCAAUAGCCAUGUUUUGUGCGAGAGGAAUUGGUGGUGGAUGGAAAUGGAAUGUUGUAUAUUAG